AUGAGAAUAACGCCGUGGAAGUCGAGAUCGGAGCUCGAGCAAUUGAAGCAGUGGCUCUUUGUAGAUGCUACAGUGGCGUCCAAAAAACGUGCAAUUCAGCGUAUUGAUGCUUAUCUUACAAGAGGACCAUAUCUUCCGCAUAUUAUAGAGUACACUGUGAGGUUGAUGCAAUGUCAACUGAACGAUGAUGUGGAAGACGAAGAGGAUAGUAAUGACCGAGAUGUGGAGAAUCUAAAAUGGAACUACUGUAUGGUUCUCAUCAGAUUUGUAAACGGGAUGUUGGAUCCUGUCCAGCAGGGUCAAUUUGCGAUUCCAUUGCAUAAGCUAGCGGAGAAUAUUGGACUACCGAGUUGGUUUGUGGAACUACGUCAUUUGAGCACGCAUGAAAGGGAAUUGCCUAGUCUUGAGAUGCUUCGGUUGUGCUGCAAAGAGGCGAUACAGUGGACUUGGGACAACUACUGGAAUAACGAUGAAUGGGAGGAUGAGGACGAUGAGGAUCCGGAAGAUGAAGAAGAUCCAGAGGGCAACCAAGACUCGCAAAAGAAGAGAGAAAAAGAGGAACAAAUUGCUAGGUUGAAAGCGUUGUUCAAAGAAUAUUUGGACCUCAAGAAGCCACUAAGAGAAAGGGAGUAUUUAUGGAAACGUUUGGGGAUUACAAGGUCAGCGUUUGGUGAGCAGGACUUGUCACAAGACCGUGAACUAGUUCUACUGUCGGAUUGGUUGUCGCAACUAAAGACAAUGUGGAAGCAGGACAACAAGGACACGUUCGUGGAGUUCAUAACGCUACAUUGUGACGAAACCUUAUUGGAGAUAUGCUUAAAUUCAUUGGAAACAUUUGAAGUGAGGGGCAUGGAGUGGUUGAUCGACAACUACGACAAGAAGAUCAAAAACGAAGAGACCAGCAUUGGAGAUCGGUUCACCAACUACAAGAAGCUCUUGAAAUUCCUAAAGAGAUACUGCUCCUUGAUAGACGGCCGAAAGCUGCUAAGCAACGGUUCGUUUGGCAGCUUGGUGGAGAAAUACGAUAACUAUUUGGUGAUAUACAUACUACAACAGCUCUUGUCCGGGGACAGCAACAGUUACAGCCGGAAAAAGAAGAAGAGCAGUGAGCUCGAUGCGAAAAGGGUAAUGGACCGCAUUGCAGCUCACGGAGUGAGAGACGUUGAGCUAGAGCUGUUCAACACUCGCAAGAGACCAUCAUCGUCGUCAACAGCGGAGCCCGUUCCAGAGGACUCGCCGGCACUCGACAUCCUACAAGACUUGCAGAAUCUCAAGUCGCAGUUCAAAAGGGUAAAGCAAGAGUCGAAAAACAUAACCAACUGGCAAGAGGCACCGGACUGGGAACCAAAACCGUUUGGCGUUAUCUAG